GCGCCCUUUCUUCUUCUUCUUCUUCUCCUCCAUUUCACGACCCAUCGCCUAUGGCCUCCCCUCUAUCAUCUGACUUGCCGCCUCUGCAACUCUCUCUCAUCAUUCUGGCGCUGCUUUAGACCUCUAUCAUCCUUCCGCCGCCAAACUCGAAUUCACCGACGGGGAAAUCCAGACGACUUCAUUUCAGGGGCCUGUGGGGCAGUAGAAGCGGCUUCUUCAGCUUCAAGGUCGGGCGGCAGAUUCCCCAUUCCGGAUCGACAAGUUCACCUCAUGAAUAGGAAUAGCCGAGGACGGCCGCCACUUACAUUUGCUUGUUUUUUGCCAAGAACAGAAGCAGCAGAGGACGAACAAGAUUUCAAGAUCUUAAUUUUUUUAACUCUUCAAAUCAACGAAAACAGCAGAAGUAAACAUGUUUUUCUUUUGAUUUUUUUGUGUUUCAUAAUU